GACAGGUGAAGAAGGGCUGGACGAGGACUAAGAAGACAAGGGCGGCAGCCAAUUGGUGGAAGAGAGCCGGCCGCUGCGUGAGCUCUGAUUGGUUGCUGAGUGACAGGGGGCGUUUCCUUCUUUCCCGCCUUUUUUUUCCUGUGCUCCCUGUGGCUUCCCUCAUGAGGUCCCUGCUCUGUUGAGUCACCUGAGGACUCUCUUGUUUACCUAAAUUAUUAAAUAUUCUAUAAAAAUUGGUUUGUGUCUCUGACACCGGCUGCCCAGUUCCCUGCCAGGUCCUUUCCUGGGGCUGUGAACCCCAAAGGAGACCCCGGGUGGGGGGGAAAUGCAGCUACUGAGACCACCUGUUGCGCUCACCUCAAGACCUUUGGCCUGACUACACCUUCCAUCAUCCCCGCCCAGCGUGACAAAAGAUACCAGAAUGCGAGAUGAAGGCCAUUUCAGGAACCAGCUGAAGUCAAGGAGGUGGAGGGGAGGUGAAAAAGGCAGCGGAAAUUUAAGACUUUUGUGGAAGCAAAACCCUGGGCUGUUGGGGGCAGCCGGAGAGUUGCCCCUGUGUGCCAGGUGGCCGGUGCCAAAGCCAGGCCUGCAGCUGGCACUCAGCUGGGCCACCGCUAGCUCAGUUCCCUUUUUUUUUUUUUUUUGCCUUCAGGCCCCUGGAUCUCCUUCCAGAGGCAAGCUAAGCAACGGCUUAUGCCAGGUCUGGUGGCAGGGAUUUACCCAGGAGAAUGGCCCCUUUUGAAGGGGAGAUGUGGGGGAAGGGUUCACCCAAGGGGAAGCUCCUCCUGCAGGGGACCCAGCUGCACCCUCCCCUCCGGCAGAGUCGGAGCCCGGCUCAGCCGUUGAGGCCGUUGUCCCAGAUGCGGUUUGGGGCAAGAGGGAAGCUUCCCGCAAUACAGCUGUCUGAGCCUGACCAAGGUGUGAAAAGUGCCAGCGGUUGUCUUUCUGUUGAAAAGCAGGGGAGACCACAAGCGCCUCUUCUGCCUUCCGCCUCCGCUCAGAUCGGUCUUUCAAAGCAAGAGCUCUCCUCCGGGGCAGAACCAGGGCGGCAGCGCUCCGAGAACUGUUGGCACCGAGGAAGGAAGAGGGCUGAGCAACCGCAGUUCCCCAAGCCAGCUCCUAACAGAAAGCAGCAGCUGUGUUUCUGGUCAUUUUUCCACCUGAUGGCCCCCAUGGCAAAGUUCUGGGCGGGUGCGUCUCUCCUUGGCAUCAUCCUGUUCUGGAAUGCCCCGCUUCUCUUCAAGCUGUCUGAUAACCCUCCAAGAUUUCCAAGGCAGAACAGCACCUUGACCCUCCUGAUCUGGAGCUGGCCCUUUGGGGCAGCCACGGACCUGACCGGUGAUGUUUGCUCCAGGCUCUAUGGCAUCACGGGCUGCCAACUGACCACAAACCGCCACCUGUUCAGCCAAGCGGACGUUGUGGUGUUCCAUCACUGGGAACUCCAGUACGAAAGACGGUACCUUCUGCCAUCCAAGGCCCACCCUGGGCAAAAGUGGGUUUGGGUCUCCCUGGAGUCUCCAAGCAACACCAAAGCCCUGGAGGGCUGGACGGGGAAGGAAUGGAACUGGGUCCUCUCAUACAGGCGAGACGCUGACCUCUUCUUCCCCUAUGGGGAGCUGGUGCCUCACUCGCUGGAUGUGGUGGAGAUCCCAGAGAAAACCGGCUUAGUGUCCUGGGUGAUCAGCAAUUAUCAUGACUCCCAAGCCAGGGCAGCGAUGUACCACAGCCUCUCCAGGCACCUCAGAAUCGACGUGUUCGGGAAGGCCAACAGGAAGCUGCUGUGCCCAGACUGUUUGCUGCCAACCAUCUCCAAGUACAGGUUCUAUCUGGCCUUCGAGAACUCCAUCCACCGGGACUACAUCACAGAGAAGUUGUGGAGGAACGCCUUCCUCGCCGGCUCCGUGCCCAUCGUCCUGGGACCCUCCCGUGCCAACUACCAGCAGUUCAUCCCCGCCAACUCCUUUAUCCACGUGGACGACUUCAGCUCAGCCAAGGACCUGGCCACUUUCUUGACCACCAUGAACGAAAGUCACUACCGGAGCUUCUUUGCUUGGAAGCGGAACUACACGAUCAGACUCCACCAGGACUGGCGGGAACGUUUCUGCUCCAUCUGCCAGCAGUACCCCCGCUUGCCCCCGAAAAAGCUCUACCCGGACCUGAAGCGCUGGUACUGGGAUUACUAGCAGCAUCUGCUGCUAAAGCCAGGAAUGCCCCUGGGGCAGCCAGACCACCCGUGGCUCCUCUCCUGCUCCAGAGCUGCCCAUCUCUGGCACUGACCCCAUAGUAAGGGGCCCUACAUUUGCACCAGGGCCCACCCAUGGGGCACCUCCUUUCCCCAAUUACCCUCCCUUCUUAUUACAGGGUUCAAUUCUUUUGUUCUCUUUCCUUCAACUUCCUUUUCUUCCUUCCUUCUUUGCUCAAGGGCUCGUCAAGCUUCGCUUCUUUUCCACUCCCCCAGCACAGUCUGUCCCCCAGCACCAUCCAGUCUGGGAUGGAUGAUGGGAUUUGUAGUUGAACCCACAUGGACUGCCACAUGGGAAGACAGCAGCUGAGAAGAAAGCCAUUCCAGGGGCAGAGAAAGAUGCGAAGCAGAACAUCAGCCUGACCUUAAACCCUUUCCUGUUUACCCAAGUGACUCUGGCAGGAAAGGAAGCUAGAAACCUCAGUACCCCUCCUUGUCUUGAGCAAGGGGCCAGUGAGUGCAGUGGUUACGGCGCCAGGUCACCAGCAGGGAGACACCCAACCUCUGGGAACCCUUGGGAGCGAGUGCCUCACUUCGGCCUCAGCCUUCGCCCGGUGGUGGGUGAGCAGUUGCCAAGCAGGAUGGCUGAGCUAGAUAGCCAGUUUGCCUGGCCUAAUGGGUGAGGGGAGGCAGUGUGAUCGCUGGCCACAGUGCUGGCUGCCCCAGACUGGAUCUUGGUCCUCCCUCAGGCCUCCAAGUCACAAGUGCUCCCCACUUCCUGUGAACAUCACUUAACAUCCUUUUAAUUCUGCCUCUGGUGAAAUCUGGCCCUUUCUCGGCACAGUGCCAAUCCGGUGCCAGCCUCAUGUGGCCAUCAGCUCCCUCUAGCGGUCCCACUGGAUCCCUACGGAAUUGAUCCCCAUUCAUUCUACUGAAACUGCUGGACUGAACCCAGUGCCAAGUUGGAAGCCCCUGACAUUUUUAAUUUCCCCAACUUUCCCUCCCAUUCCCCGCCCCCAGUCUAAAAGAGCUCAGCUAAUCCUAAUCCUAUACUGACCUACUUUGCAGAGAUGGGAUGUGGGUGAGGGGGGAGAAAAUCCCCAUGCAAUAUGCUACCUUGGAAGAAUUUAAAUGACAAUCUAAACUGAAGAUUAACAGGGCAAUUGCUAGGAGCACUUAAAAAAAGGACCUUUAGGAGCAGAGGCUGGGGUCCAGAAAGGCCUGUGAGCCCCUCCGGCAGACCACUUGACACCCAAGGGUGGUGUUGCUGCUAUAAAUCUCCUUCCUUCCUCUUAGAUCUUUCAGCCUCUACAGGGCCAAAAUAAUUCAUUCUUUCAUCACCACCGAGCAUCGCUCCAAUCCUAACUUGAAUUGCCUGAAUGUUUAAUCGGAUUGCUUGAAUAUUCUUUUCCUAUUUAAGAAAAGAACCCCCUUAAUAGUAAAUUAUGUUCCUCCAAAUAUGUGCAGGGUGCAAUUUACUUGCAAAGUCAGGAUGGGAUUAUCACUUGCGCAAUAUCUUGAGCAGGGGGCCAGGGGGUGUAGCGGUUACAGCACCAGGGAGACACCCAUCCUCUGGGCACCCUUGGGGAGGGGGUCCUUCGACUUCGGCCCAUCCUUCAUCCCGUUGGUGGGCGAGCAGCAGCCAAGCAGGAAGGGCCUGUGACAAUUUGCCACAGCCAACUCGCCACGGCCAACUCUGCAGGAGUCUAGGGAGGGUCAAAUUUUUCAACUUUCCAAACAUUAGGUGUUCUCAAAAGUUGUCACGUGCCUUGGGGAUUCUCAAAAUAUUUUGGUUACUUCCAUAUAAUUUAGAUGUGCUUGGUAAGUAACUACAUAAAUACUAUGUAGUUACUAUUACUUUUAAACACUGUUUGUUGUGGGACAGCUCGGCACAGCAACCUCGCCACAGGAAAACUCUCUGCAGGACAAGAGUGACACUAAUAUGAAAGAAAUGGUGGAAUAGAAUCAUUAAACAAAAGGAUGCAACAGGGGGGACAGAAUGAAAUGGGAAUGGCAAAAAUUAAAAUAUUUUUUAAAUUUAUUUUAAAUAAGGAAAUAGAAUUGGUAAAUGGUCCUGCAGCGAGCUGGCCUGUGGCAAAUUGGCCGUGAGAAUUUGUCCAGUAGCGAGUUGGCCGUAGAGAGUUCGCCACAGUGAGUUGGCUAUAGCACGUUGUCCCAUUUCAAAGCAGGAGGGCUGAGCUAGGUAGCCGAUUCGCCUGGCGCAUUGGGGGAGGGGAGGCAGAGUGACCGCUGGCCAUAGCGCUGGCCUCUACCCUGCAGGCCUGGAUGGGAUCGGAGCCAUCUUGGAGAAUCAGCCUGUGUGCCUUCCCCAAAGAGUCUGCCUUUAGAUGAGCCCCUUGGUACUUGUCACAUCCUGCCAAAGAAUAUUAAACACUCCACAGGAGGGAGGCUGGGAGCCCCUUCGGUUAUUGAGACUUAUCUCCGUUUCUCUAACUACUUCCCGGAUAUUCUCAGACCCAGAAUAAUUAGGAGACCAAACCAACAGGGCCACGGGCCCCCCAAGGAUAGAGGCUGCGGGGACAGACAUGUCACUUAAAACCGAAGGGCAUCAAAGAAGCAUCAAAGAU